AUGCCUGUUAUCUCAGAGUCCCAUGUAUCCUCGAAGAUCCCAAGCGCUCAUGUCCCAAGGCAAGAGCAGUUCGAUCUGGCUAUGUCCAAGAGCAUCCUCCAAAGAGCACCCAGAUUCACCUGCGCACAUCUGACAUACCUUAAAUGCCGCGGUAAAAGUAUAUUUGUUGACGAGAAAGCCAUCAGCCUCUUCAUGAACGUCUUACGUCUCCAUUGGAAAGUGUCGGGGAAGGUUCUACAUAGCCCUCUCGACCAAAGCACCGACCUCUACGAACUCCUGAUGUUGGAAAUGGACGGUGUGUUCAUCAUCCAGAAUCUCCUGAUCGAUGAUGCCAUUUACGAGGUUCUUGACCGCAGGACCCCUGACGGCAUGAUGAUUCUCGCCACUAUCGUGCACGACAUCUACAACACACAAUGGCAGAGCUGGUCUGCAGAACAAAAUGUGAAGCACAAACAGCAGGGCCAGUACUCUCUCAUCAUUACUCACGCUCAGGCUAUCUCAAACCAGCUCAGCAACAACGUGUUUACUUUCAAGGGUCAGGCUGCCCCUGAGCCGAAGAAGUGGGCAGAGGUGACAGUGGCGCGCCAUCUGAUGGCGAUAGUCACCCCUGGACAUCUCCGUCCUGCCACCACGACGAACGAGAGUCACUCCUCGUUGAAGCACGGUUCAAUAUCAGACUUGAUGAAUGUCAAGCCCACGAUCAAGCAGCCCGGAGAGAACGAAGCACUUGAGCAGGGGCCCUCGAGUAAACGCAAACAGAUGCCUCUUCACUCUGCACUCCGGCCCUCGAAACGAAGGAAACUAGGGGUUGCUUCCAGUUGGAGUGCCUCGCCAUACAAGAAAGUUCCACCCUACGAAGAACUUCGCAAAAUCAAGCUGGAUGUGGUACAGCCAAAUGUUACUCAGCAGAAGGUCGGUGUCAUCUCCUGCAUUGACUUCGCGGGUGCCCGCUCCAGCUCCAACUCCAACAGCUCUGAGGAACAGAAAACUCCAGUCGUCAAAGGACCUUCGUAUGCUGAGUAUCUCCACAAGAAGGAAAGAGAAGCUGUGUCGCCAUUGAAAGCCAUCCAAGGACGUCCGUUUGACCAUGUCCGUACUCAAAGUUAUGUUGGAUCUGAGGAGGGCGAGAUCCUGGAGUGA